AUGCUCAUGAUGAUGAACAAACAACAACAACAGAUUCCAGACUACUUCUACUCCGAAUUCCCCAUCUUACCCUCCGACAGCUUCCCCGCCGGUGCAACUCCCACCACCACCGCCGCCUACCCACAUUUCCUCCACCACCAUCACAGCAACGACCCCAACCACCCUUCCACCACCUUAUCCUUUUCCACCGACGACCAUCAAGCAGUCUCAUGGCGAGACCUCAUGACGACUGAAUCCGCCGCCGCCGCCGGCCUUCACAACGGGAUGCCGGCAGCGCAUAAGAAGGCGUCGAUGGCGGCGAUGAGGGAGAUGAUAUUCCGCAUCGCCGCCAUGCAGCCGGUCCACAUCGACCCGGAGGCCGUCAAGCCGCCGAAGCGGAGGAACGUGAGGAUAUCGAAGGACCCGCAGAGCGUGGCGGCGCGUCAGCGGCGGGAGAGGAUCAGCGAGAGGAUCAGGAUACUGCAGAGGCUGGUCCCCGGCGGGACGAAGAUGGACACGGCGUCGAUGCUGGACGAGGCCAUCCAUUACGUCAAGUUCCUGAAGAAUCAAGUGCAGUCGCUCGAGAGAGCUCGGCCGGCUGCGGCGGCGGCAGAGGGUGGUGGUGGUGGUGGGAUUGGGUUUCCGGUGGCCAUGGCUAGUGGGAGCUAUGUCGGUGUCGUGGGAAAAGGGUAUCAUCAGACGCAGCAAGAUAUUGAACACUAUGGGGAUGCUUAA